GCGGGAGGAGCGGGAGCAGAGUGGGUCUUCCCGGUCACGCUUUUUCCCUUCGCCCCGGCGGGACUCGCUGCGGCCUCGCACUCGCUUCCCAGCCCCGCUCACUGCGCGGCUAGGGGCCAUGCCCGCCGCCCGCCUCUGGCUGCUGCUCGCCCUCUUGCUGCUCUUGCUCGGCCGCCGCCCCGCCGCCGCCGAGGGCGACGGAGCCCUGCGCCCGCCGGCUCACGGGCGGCUGAGUCCGGCGGCAGCCGACGGAACCCCUCCGACGGCCGCGCCUCCAGCGCCGCGCGGCGCCGAGCCCAAUGCCUCCCGGGCGGCCGCGCUGCCCCAGGGCGGCGGGGGAGCGGGCGGAGGGCGACCGCGUUCGGGUUCGCCGCCGAUGUGCACCGGGCAGACGGAGAUCAAGGAGACCUUCAAGUAUAUCAACACGGUGGUGUCAUGCCUGGUUUUCGUCCUGGGCAUCAUCGGCAACUCCACGUUGUUGCGGAUCAUCUAUAAGAACAAGUGCAUGAGGAACGGCCCCAACAUCCUCAUCGCCAGCCUGGCGCUGGGUGACUUGCUGCACAUCAUCAUCGACAUCCCCAUCAGCGUCUACAAGCUACUUGCAAAGGACUGGCCCUUUGGUGUCGAAAUGUGUAAAUUAGUGCCCUUCAUUCAAAAAGCAUCAGUGGGCAUCACAGUGUUGAGUUUGUGUGCCCUCAGUAUAGACAGGUACCGAGCAGUUGCUUCUUGGAGUCGAAUUAAAGGAAUCGGAGUGCCAAAGUGGACUGCUGUUGAAAUUGUACUCAUCUGGGUUAUAUCAGUGGUAUUGGCUGUUCCUGAAGCUAUUGCAUUUGACAUGAUAACAAUGGAGUACAGGGGAAAGGAUCUCAGAAUCUGCCUGCUUCACCCCAUACAGAAAACAUCCUUUAUGAUGUUCUACAAGCAAGCUAAAGACUGGUGGCUGUUCAGCUUUUAUUUCUGUUUGCCACUGGCUAUCACAGCACUUUUCUAUACUCUCAUGACCUGUGAGAUGUUACGAAAGAAAAGUGGGAUGCAGAUUGCUUUAAAUGAUCACUUAAAACAGAGACGCGAGGUGGCCAAGACUGUGUUCUGCCUGGUACUUGUUUUUGCCUUGUGUUGGCUUCCACUUCAUUUAAGCAGAAUAUUGAAACUCACUAUUUAUGAUCAAAAGGACCCCAAUAGAUGUGAACUUUUAAGCUUUUUUCUUGUGAUGGACUACAUUGGCAUUAACAUGGCCUCACUGAAUUCCUGCAUCAAUCCAAUUGCUCUGUAUUUGGUGAGCAAGAGAUUCCAAAACUGCUUUAAGUCAUGUUUGUGUUGCUGGUGCCAAUCCAAAGAUCUGUUGUCCCUGGAGGAAAGACAGUCGUGUUUAAAGUUCAAAGCUAAUGAUCACGGAUAUGAUAACUUCCGUUCCAGUAACAAGUACAGCUCCUCAUAAAACAGACAUAAAAGGUAUAUUCUCAUAUAUUAUCACUGGUGCCUCUUGAAGAAAAAGUAGCAAUUACUUUUAAUGAGGUGGUAGCAUUCAGAAAACUUUAGUUUUGUUUUCGCACAAAGAAGACUUGAUAAAAAGAAUUGCCCCAAAUCUGUGUAGCUCUCAAAAUCAUGGACGCUUAUAAUGUUGUCACUUACAAAACAUGAAGAAAAGCAUAAAAAAUCGUUGUUAGCACUUGAAUCCUUCUGAAUCAGCACUUCCGAACGAUCCCUGCUUCCUGUAUAUUAAAUCACCAUUUGUAUUCACCGUAACAGUUGUAGGAACUGGAGUCACAGUAAUUACUAAGCAGUAUAAUAUAACUUUAAUUGGGUCAAUGCCAGUAUUAUGUAUAACUCAAUAUAUUGUAUUAUCUUUUAUAAAGCAGAUUAACCACCA